CAGAAACCUGUGUUGUGUCUCUGUUUUGGUUCAAUCGAAUCAAUAAUAAUCGAUCAGAGAGUUGUAAUUGCAAUGUUUCUGCGUCGAAGUUGAAGAUGAUGCCUUUCAAACGCUUACACUUAGGUCGCACACUCUAUCGUUCAUCUCAGAUUGGAGAAUCUUCAUCGCAUCUGCUUGGUUGCUGCAGGAGCUAUUCCACUGCUCUAUCAAAUGGUUCUGAGGGUAGUUUUAAGAGCCUUCAUCCUCAUUUGUUCAAGGGCUACGAUGGCUUUCCCUUGGCUAGUGUUAAAACUUUGACACUCCGAUCUACAAUGGCUGCUGAGUUAUCCGUUUUCAUGAACGAUAAGAGGAUGAUAACUACUCAAGUCAAGGCUCCUGCACAAACACGACGAGUGGGAGCACAAAUAUCCUUAUCAAGUCCUGGAUUUAUCUAUGAACCUUAUGAACCUCGUGAGAAAAUCCCAUUUUGGAAGAGAUGGUUCACUAAAAGUGGUUGGAGAAGAACCAAAAACGACAUGAUUCUGGAGCUCAAAAAUGCCUAUGCCAUUGCAAAAUUAAGAAAAUCAGGAUAUUCGAAAAGUCAUUUUUACAACGAGGCUGUCAACAUGUACAAGGAGAUAAACACUCUAAUAGCUAAUGGUGACAAAAAGUCAUUAAGGAAAGUCGUUACUGAGAAGAUGUUUUCUGCACUUAAGAAUGAAAUUAAACAGCGAGAAACUGCAUGGAGCAAGGUUUAUUGGGAAUUGGUUGAGCCUGUUGAUAAGAUACGAACUUUGCGUGCUCGUCUGAUUGGCGUUGAUAGAAACAACCUAAAUAAAGCAUUUAUUCAGCUUACUCUUGAGUUUUUGGCUAAACAGAAAUUUGAAGCAUAUGACGCUAAAGGUUCUGUUGUAGCUGGAGAUAAAAACAAGGAGGUUCUUGUCCGUGAUAUAUGGGUAUUUGAGAAAUCUAUGUUUCACCCUGGAGCUUGCUGGCGUCUGUGUGGACGGAUAUCACCAAAAGCAGCAUAGCUUUCUCCUUAAAGUAAGAGAUCAAAGUUUGUGAAAGUUCUCUAGCUGAUCCUAUGUAGUAACUUAUAACUGUUGAGCUGAAUUUCUUAUAUUUGAUUUGUCGCUGAAAUCCUUAUUCUUUCGUACUCUAAAGACAAGCUCAUGUUAGGGGAGUUUGUUGGGGAAUAAAAUCAAAUAUAAGUGUAAACU